AUGCCGAUCGGCAAAGAGGGCGAGUUGUUUGAGGAUGGGGUUCAAGUAUCGGAGGCUGAAGAAGAAAUUGAUCCAGAUGACGUCCCAGCCUCGGACUCCGAUUCCGGUUCUGAAGGAGUUGAAAAUACCGAGGUAGUUCAGAAUAAAACUAAGGGGAACUUGCCCGCCAAACAAGCCAAAUAUAAAGUGUGGGCACAAAAGUUAGGCUAUGAUGGUCCUGGAAUAAUUGGUGGCUACGGCAUACGAUGGAACAUAGCAUACGAAAGCCGGAACCGAGCUUACCAGGCUCGAAAGGUCAGUUUUAAUCUUAGUGUUACAAUAAGACCCCACUAUGCAACACUCAUCAAAUGA